AUGGCCUCCGGCCAACCGUUCGCGUCACGCUCGUACGCCGGUGCCAAAAUCCCGGACCGCUCUGUCAACGCGAACGCCAUGCCCUUCAGCGCCUCAUCGUUCUCCCGACACCGCGGCCUAGGCGCCACCGCACCUGCUGAUUUUGGAGCUCCCGAGGGCUCCAAACAAAACCAGCAAGCAGCAAAUACCCCAGCUGCGCAAAGCCACGGACCCGCACAGGAUGCGAACCCGUUAAACCGAUUAACAGAGGAGCAGCGUGAAGAGAUCAACGAAGCUUCUAACAUGUCAAUCUCAAUAUCAAAGUUUACCCUCUUCGACCUCGACCGCGAUCGCCACCUCGAUUACCAUGAACUCCGCGUCGCUUUCCGAGCCUUAGGCUUUACUCUCACAAAACAAGAACUCAUUUCCCUCCUCACGACCUACGGUGUUCCGCGUCCACAAGUCCAGCAACAACAAGGUCAGAAUAAUAAUGCUCCGGGGAGUCAGGUUUCCAAGGGUGGGAAUCCUCAACACCCUUCCAAUCUUCUUAUGCCGCUUUCGUCGUUCCAGGCUGUGACUGCGCUGAAGAUUUUGGAGCGUGAUCCGCGUGAUGAGAUUCUGCGUGCGUUUGAGCUGUUCGAUGAGGGGCAGAAGGGCUUUAUUGAUUUAGAGGAUUUAAGACGUGUUGCAAGGGAGCUUGGGGAGACGGGGCUUGAGGAGGAGGAGCUCAGGGCUAUGAUCGAAGAGUUCGAUCUUGAGGGGGUUGGUGGUGUGACUAGGGAGGCAUUUGUGGGGAUUUGUUGGCAGUGA